UAAAACCGCAGCCGCUACUCCUCUUGCUCCUCCUUCCCCACACCCACCCACCCACUCGCAGACUCUCCCAACCGCAAGAGCCACACGCCCACGCGCACACAGGAGGAAAGCGAGUUCGAGAGAGAUCAUGGCUGCAGCGGCGGCGGCGGGGACGCGGGAGGAGAUGGUGUACAUGGCGAAGCUGGCGGAGCAGGCGGAGCGGUACGAGGAGAUGGUGGAGUUCAUGGAGAAGGUGGUGGCGGCCGCCGGCUCCGGCGAGCUCUCCGUAGAGGAGAGGAACCUGCUCUCCGUCGCCUACAAGAACGUCAUCGGCGCGCGCAGGGCCUCCUGGCGCAUCGUCUCCUCCAUCGAGCAGAAGGAGGAAGGCCGCGGCGCCGCCGGCCACGCCUCCGCCGCCAGGGCCUACAGGGCGCGCGUCGAGGCCGAGCUCUCCAACAUCUGCGCCGGCAUCCUCCGCCUCCUCGACGAACGCCUCGUCCCGGCGGCUGUCGCCGUUGAUGCCAAGGUCUUCUACCUCAAGAUGAAGGGCGACUACCACCGCUACCUCGCCGAGUUCAAGGCCGCCGCCGAGCGCAAGGACGCCGCCGACUCCACCCUCGCAGCCUACCAGGCCGCUCAGGACAUAGCCAUGAAGGAGCUGCCGCCGACCCAUCCCAUCAGGCUGGGCCUCGCGCUCAACUUCUCCGUCUUCUACUACGAGAUCCUCAACUCGCCCGACCGCGCCUGCUCCCUCGCCAAGCAGGCCUUCGAUGAAGCCAUUGCGGAACUGGAUUCCCUUGGCGAAGAUUCCUACAAGGAUAGCACCCUGAUCAUGCAACUUCUCCGUGACAACCUCACCUUGUGGACCUCUGAUAUGCAGGAUGAUGCCGGUGAUGAAAUGAGGGAUGCAAGCAAGCCUGAGGAUGAUGAGCACUAGCGAAGGAUCCUUACCGCAUCUUUAUCUCUUAACCCUCGGGUAGUCAUGAUGCUUGUACAAGGACCGAUUUCGUGUGUCCUUUAUCGUCGGGUCACUUACCCUUUGUUUCGUUAUAUUGCCAUUGCCGUCCUCAUGUAUUUUUACUUUCCAACUGGAAUCCUGCUGUUGUAUGUGGGGAUGCGUUAAGAUUUGAACCAGAGGAUUAUCAACUCUUGUUUCCUGUAGUAUAAUUGAAUGUCAUGCAUGUUGUAUGUUCAACAAAUGUUCUGAUGUGGUUUGAA